UGCUAUCCAUCUAUACACAUAUUAUUACAUAUUGAGCCUGCAAUUUCUGCAAAAUUGUUAGCGAAUAAUCGGGAAAACAAAAUCGCCAUACGUAUCAGAAGUCCACAAUAAUUUGUAUAGGUCGUUCAUUGUGUCUUCUUUGCAAUGGGAGCCAGUCGAAAGCUUCAGGGCGAAAUUGAUCGAGUGUUGAAGAAGGUUCAAGAGGGCGUCGAUGUAUUCGACAGCAUUUGGAACAAGGUUUACGACACUGAUAAUGCCAAUCAGAAGGAGAAGUUUGAGGCGGAUUUGAAGAAGGAGAUUAAGAAGCUUCAGAGGUACAGAGACCAGAUUAAGACAUGGAUUCAGUCCAGCGAAAUCAAGGAUAAGAAGGUUAGUGCUUCUUAUGAGCAGGCACUGAUGGAUGCUCGUAAGCUUAUUGAGCGUGAAAUGGAAAGAUUUAAAAUAUGUGAGAAAGAAACAAAGACUAAAGCAUUUUCCAAAGAAGGCUUGGGUCAACAACCAAAGACGGACCCAAGGGAAAAGGCUAAAUCGGAGACUAGGGAUUGGUUGAACAAUGUGGUUAGUGAGCUUGAAAACCAAAUUGAUAGCUUUGAGGCUGAACUGGAGGGACUUACUGUUAAGAAAGGGAAAGCAAAGCCACCGAGAUUGACGCAUCUGGAGACAUCAAUUACUCGGCACAAAGCGCAUAUAAUGAAGUUAGAGUUGAUUUUAAGGUUACUGGAUAAUGAUGAAUUGAGUCCAGAGCAAGUCAACGAUGUUAAAGAUUUCCUGGAUGAUUAUGUGGAACGCAAUCAGGAGGACUUUGACGAGUUUAGUGAUGUUGACGAGCUUUAUAGCUCUCUACCAUUAGAUAAGGUGGAGGCUCUUGAAGAUCUAGUCACUAUUGGUGCCCCUCUUGCCAAGGGUGUUAGUGGCGUAGUAAGCACAAAAAGUUCUAUUGCCAUGACACCUGCUCAGGUAACGGUAACAUCUCCUGUACAACAAACUGGUUCUUCCCAAGAGCAAGCAGAUGAAGUAGGUUCCCAAGAGAGUGCCUCUGAUGCAGUUCCGAGGACCCCACCUCCUAAAAGUGGCGCAGUUGCUUCUUCUGCUCCAACAACACCUGUUGGCAGCCAUGCAAGUCCUGUUGCCGCAGUUACUUCAUCUUCUAUGAAUGUGCUGAGUGCUGUAAAAGAUGAGGAGAUUGCAGGCUUCCCAAGCCAAAAAGCACCCCCAACGCUUACUGAAGCUGGAUUAAGGGGUAUCGAUAGACAUGGCCUCUCUAGCCAACCUGCAGCUAGUAUUUCACUUGGUUCUAUUAGUUCACUUUCUAACAAUGGAGCUCUGGGUGCUAUUCCUUCAGUUCCAGAAGUGACAAAGAGAAAUGUUUUGGGAUAUGAUGAAAGACUUGGGAGUACUGGUAUGGGACAGCCACUGGUUUCCCCUCUGGCUAACAGAACUAUCAUGUCACAAACUGCUAAGUCUAGUGAUGGAAUUGGCACUAAUGAUAGUGGUAAUGUUGGUGAGUCGAAUGUUAUGGUUGGUAGGGUUUUCUCUCCUUCGGUUGUGCCUGGUAUGCAGUGGAGGCCUGGAAGUUCCUUUCAGAAUCAGAAUGAAGUGGGGCAGUUCCGUGGAAGAACUGAAAUUGUUCCUGACCAGAGGGAGAAAUAUUUACAACGAUUUCAGCAAGUACAACAAAACAACAAACAGUUUUCUGCACAGCAUCAGAAUCCACUAUUGCCACAGUUCAAUUCUCAAGGCUCCUCUGUGACACCUCAACUUGGAUUGGGAGUUGGAGUCCAAGCUGCUGCCCUUAAUAGUGUUUCUUCAUCUUCAUUGUUGCAACAACAGCCAGACGUGGGCCACUCAAAGGUUGAAGAGUUGCAGCAACAGGUCCUAUCCGAAGAUGUUUCUGCAGAUUCUGCUCCAGCCCCCAGCCUUGCGAAAAACCUUAUGAAUGAGGAUGAUAUGAAGGCUUAUGCAUUAGAUGCACCUCAGGGUGGAGUUGGCAGCACUCUUGCAGAGCAAUCCCAACUUCCACGGGAUACUGAUCUAUCUCCAGGCCAACCAUUACAAUCAAAUCAACUGUCAGGAAGCCUUGGAGUUAUUGGUCGAAGAAGUGUAGCCGAUCUUGGUGCAAUUGGUGAUGGGUUGAGUACACCACCUGCCAACCCUGGAGGAGUGCAUGACCAGUCAUACAACUUGCAAAUGCUCGAGGCUGCUUUUUACAAACUUCCUCAGCCAAAAGAUUCAGAGCGUGCUAAGAGCUAUACACCGAGACAUCCUGCCGUGACCCCUCCAAGCUAUCCGCAAGUACAGGCCCCUAUUGUUAAUAAUCCUGCAUUUUGGGAACGACUCGGGGCUGAUAACUAUGGCACCGACACCUUAUUCUUUGCGUUUUACUACCAACAGAAUACAUACCAACAAUUCCUGGCUGCAAAGGAGCUGAAGAAGCAAUCUUGGAGAUACCACAGAAAGUAUAACACUUGGUUUCAGCGGCACGAGGAGCCCAAAGUUGCCACAGAUGAUUUCGAACAAGGGACAUACGUUUAUUUUGAUUUCCAUAUAGCCAAUGACGAACAACAUGGCUGGUGCCAGAGGAUCAAGACGGACUUCACAUUUGAGUAUAAUUAUCUUGAAGAUGAUCUCAUUGUUUAGAACCUUUUAACAUAUCUAUACAAUUCUUCAUUAGCUUCUGCUGAAUUUCUACUUUCAGAUUUUCUCUAAAUUAAA